CUUUUUAUAUUUUUUACAAGAACAUUUUAAAUUUUAGAUUUACACAUAUUUUUCUUCUUUUAAUAUGUAAAACAAAUGUAGCAUAAUUAUAUUUUAUCCGUAAUAUCUGUCUUUGACUUUAUGUAACAUGUAUAAUAUUUAUUAUUGAAAUACAAGAAAUUCCUGGAAUCUGCAACUGAAGAGGCUCUGAGCAACUAAAAAAGCCCUACCAAAUCAACGCCGGCAUUCGCAAGCAGAAGGACUCGGCAGGAAUUCUUACACGCAAAGAGUCUAUUGGGUCGUCACGUCAAGACGCAGUAUUGAAAUACAAUGUCCCAGGAGGAAAGAAAAUUCGUGCGUUAACAUUAAUUUAUUCAUACAAAUUAUUGGCUCCAAACGAACAACAAACAAAAGAAAAACUUCGUUUGGUACGGAUUUUAGGGUGAUGCAUAGAACUGUUACAAGCAGGUGGACUCAUGUUAGAUGACAUUGAAGAUAGAGCGCUAAUGCGAAGAGGAAAACAAUGUUGGUACCAACGCAAUCAUGUUUUUUAAGGUCCUUCUUAAAGUUCUUUUGAAUUAAAUAAUACACAGAGUUUUCUAACAUCAAUGAUGGCCUGAUGUUAGAAAACUCUGUGUAUUAUUUAAUUCAAAAGCACUUUAAGAAGGAAGAUUGUUAUGUUCAUCUAAUAGAAACAGUCCAUACGAAUAUAUGGAAAACAAUAUUAGGCCAAUCUCUGGAUAUGCUGUCAACCAACUCAGGCAAAAGCCAAAUCUGGCCUUAUUUACAAUGGACCGUUAUAAGUCCAUUGUCGAGUAUAAAACAACAUAUUACACUUUUAUUUGGCCCGUAACCUCAGCAAUGCACUUAGCGGGAAUAAAAGACCCUGAAACGUUUGAAUGUGCAGAACACAUUUUGUUUGAAAUAGGGUAUUUAUUCCAAAUACAAGAUGACUGUUUGGCUUUCUUUAAAGAUUCCAAAACCUUUGGUAAAGAUAAUACCGAUAUACAAGAAGGCAAAUGUACGUGGCUCAUUGUUGAAGCUCUUCAACGCGCUACUUCAAAACAACGUGAAAUUUUAGAAGAAUGUUAUGGAGUUGCGGAUCCACAAAAAUAAAAAAAGUAGAAGAACUCUUCAUUGACCUGGGUUUGCUCCAGAUUUAUACCAGUUUUGAAGAAGAUUAACAAAACAUCAUAAAGGCACAGGUAGAGAAAAUUUCAUGCGGACCUGUAAGCAGUAUGCUCUUCUGGUUAUUAGGGAGAAUUUACCGCAGAGCAUUAUGAAAGCUGGUUUAUUGCAACACCGAAAUGAUAUAAGUGUACGUCCAUCUUCAAGAAAUUUUGUAUUAGUUCUUUUAUUAAUAAUUUGUAAUAAAUGUCAAUUUAUUUAAACAUAUUUUAUGAUUUGCAGCGCAUUGUUAAAACUUUUUAAUUCGUAACAAUAUUACUUAUUGUAUUAAGUAAUUAUAUCAAUGUUAUAAUAAUUUUUUUUUAUGUCUAAUAUUAUAUCAAUACGUUAUAUUCUUUUAUGUCUAAUAUUACAUGCAACAAUUUUUAACAUAAUAUUAAGAAUAACAUUAAAAAUUAAAAAUCCUUAAAAUAAUGUCUUUAAUUCCUUGUAACAUUAUCAAGCGAUGCGGUAGCGUCGCGACGCCAGGUCUAAAAAAAAAGUUUAUAAAAAUUUGUGACUCCUGCUCUGGCAUUGUCGAAGCGCUACUGCAGAAGCUUUAUUUCAAGUCAUAUAUAAUCAUAAUUAGUUAUUAGCAUUGAUAAAAGAUAAUUUAAACUAUAAUAUAACAUUUUAUUUAUUAUGCGCAAUUAUAAACCAGGAAAGAUAAAUACAACAUAACGAGAUACAGCAAAAGGAUAACAAAUCGUUGCAAAGAAAAGAAAAGAGAACAUACAUAUAACAAACUUCUCUUUUAACUUAUAAUAAGCAUGUAAUCAUUAUUAUUAGUUCUUUAAUUUUAUUUUACUUUGCUCAAACGCAGACCGCGUUAACUAUUACGCUGAAAUUAAAGUUAUUUCCCAAUCAAGCACAAUUUGUAACUGCUACAUGAUUUGGGAGUAACAGUUUAUAUAACAAAUAUUUUAUAACAUUUACAUGACAGCUACUUCUAUCUACUACUAUUAAAUUAAUUUUAUUUUGAGAAAUAGAGCAAUAUUUAUAUUAUAUUUAUAUUAUAUUUAUAUUAUAUUAUUUAAUAUAAUAUUUAUAUUAUAUUAUAUUUAUAUUUAAUUGUUUAAUAAUAUAAUAUAAUGUCAUCCUCUAAAUGACGCCGUACAAAAUUUCAACAGAACAAUAUUGAAAUUUGAUUUGAAAAAUGAACUUUGGAUGGUAAAACGUGUUGAGAAAUGCAAAGACGUGCGUACAAACAAAAUUUUUUUUUUUUGGCGUUUGAAAGAUGGUAUUAUAUAAUUAUAUAUAACUAUAUAUAAUUGUUUGUGACAAAAAAAUUUUGUACUGUGUAAUACAUAGAAAAGAAGAAAAUAUUAUGGCUCUUGCCAUAAAUAUUUACAUACUAUUUUGUUUUUUAAAUUGUAUUAUAAUAUAAUAUUGUAAUAUCGGCAGUAAAACUUGUUCAUUCAAAACAUUAAAGUUAUUUAGUUGCUAAUGAAA